ACUCUUUAACUUUCCUAGUCACGCGAAUAUAUAGAUAGAUAAUAUACUUAAAAGGGUAAGAACUGAAAUAUUUUCAGAUAGGAUACCAGAUAAGAGAGAAUAUAUUAUUGUUUUAAUUAUAUACAUAUGAAUGUAUAAAUGCUUGUGCACGAAAGAGAGAUCAAUAUGAACUCUUCUUAACACUCCUUUAAAGAAAUAUCAUUGUUUGAAAAGGGUUUGUUGAUUUUACAUUAAGGACUGAACGUGACGAAGUUAACAGGGACAAUUUUCUAUCUUCAUAUCCUCCUGUUUCCUCACAGAGUGAAUAUACAUUUUUCUACAGUUAGAGAGCUAAGCGAUUGGAUUACAUCGGAUUUCUUUUGUUAAACUCUCGGCAACGAUGAAUAUGACAUAAAGUUUUCAACAAUGCCGAAUCAAUUGCGCAGUAAUACGUUGCCGCCGAUCGUUUCGAACACCACCGGUAGUAAUUCCACAAAUUCCUAUAACUUUUCUUCUCGAUUCCACCGCACAACAAAUUCAAGAGAGAGUAUGCUUAAAACCGAAAAUAGUCGGACAAGCAGCAGAAUGAAACUAUCUCCGAGAACACCUCCCGCUUCCUAUGGUACUUGUAAUUCAUCUUUAGCAAAUGAAUUUGCCACGAGAUUUUUUGGUAAAGCUGGUGGACGGCCUUCAGUAAUAGGCUUAGACGCCAAAAGAAUAUUAAAAGACGGCUAUUCAACUUCCAGAAGUCUUACGGGAUUUUUCCCAGCUGUAAAACUGCGAAAUCUAGAAGGUUCUAGUUCAAAUCUCAGAGGUGGCGAGAAGCACCUAUUGAAAUUAAAGAUCAAACCAUGCAGAGACAAACCAGAGAAUCAUAUUUCAAAACCGUUGUCUUUGUCUCUGGAACUUGGUCCCGUUAGGAGAGAAAGUGCUUCGACAAGACAAAAUAUGACAAUUAGACCAGAAUAUUGCGUACAAGCUCCUUUAGAACCCGAAAAGUUGGUUCGAGAAUCGUCAAGAGGCGAUUUAACAUCGCUACCAAGACCAAGAAUGGUUGUAAAAAAUAACGAAAGUCCAUGGAUAUUUAGGCAAAAAGUUAAACAAGGUAUGAACGGACUAAGUCGGUUAGUAGCGAGUAGAACUCCUACAAACUCAUCAAACUUUAUGUAUUUGCACUAUUGAAAAUUGUUUUCCUCUUUAAAGUUUUCUCUUAUUCAACUAUAUAUUUACUUUAUGUUAAUAAUGUCAUUUAAACUGCAGAAUAAAUAUUGACAGUGACUCUUAAUCUUAUGUAUAUCAUUUUCUUUUACUUUGAAAUUUCUAAUUCUUCUUUAUUCUAUAAAAGCCAAACAAAAUUAUAUAUAUAUAAGUUUAUAAAUAUUUCCCAAUUACUGACGUCAUCUAGAGCGAAAGCUAUGUUAAUCUAUCUCAAUUUUUUCGUCAACCUGAUUUAUUUAUGUUAAUCUUUAAUCCAUAAAAAAAGCCAAGCGGCUAGGGAUUUUAUAUUUUUUAUUACUAAUAAUAGAUAAUAAAGCCGAUUCGUCAAGUAGUCGCAAUACUAAAUCUUUUCAGUUUAGA